AGAAGAAACUUAAGCCAGGCGCGUGGUUCAGAAUUUUCGGUGCCACAGGAUGCCGAAGUACUUCGAACCAUAUUCCACCAUUCGCACAACGGCUCCUGUGGCAGUACCGUGGUCAAAAGAGCACACCAGCGCCACAAAUCCUUCGGAGAUCAAUGACUCAAGCAACAAGCUCUAUCGUCCUGUCGCCAGCUCGAACGCGGACACCACCCUGAAAUCCCAACGGCGCUGGUGGCCCUGUCUCGUCCUCGCAUCGGCUACGGUAAUCAUGUGUGCUUCUAUCGGCUCUUUCGUCGGAGUGUCCAUGGGCAGCACGUCGCAAAUCCAUAGUGUUGUGCACGACACCACCAAGGCACGACCUGUAACUUGGUGGUAUGCAGACGUCCCUAAAGAAAUCCAAGCCGGCCGCAAGCUACGCAUCAAGGACAUGCCGCACGCAAGACCUGUCAGGAAGUCGUUCAGAUUAGUCAGGAAAGUUACAUUGUUCAGCGACAUAACAGAGCCUGGUUCGGCAGUGAGCAGCGAUAAACAGGAAACGGCGGGUUACUUGACGGCACCAACAGAACCGGUGCACCUGAACGAGACGUCGUCUACGACGCUUACUAGCAGUACUAGCUCGCCCAUGAAGUUGGAAGAAGGAAUAUCGCCCGUCCACUACGUCGUAGAAAUACACCCGAACCUGGAAGGGAAAUUCGAGUUCAACGGGAGUGUAACAGUAACGUUCGUCUGCCGAGCUCGCACAUCAAAGAUAGCAUUGCACGCCACGGCAGGGCUCCAGGUCGAAGUAGUGAACUUAGUGGCAACGUUCCGAACUGUGCAAAAACCUUUGCCUUUAGACAAGAUCACCAGAAGCUUUCCCAAUGACCUUGUAGUCAUUCAUUUAAAAGAGAACCUGCACAAGAACGAGCACUACAACUUGACACUGACCUACCAUGGGGUGGUGGGUGAAGAAGCAACGGGCCUUUAUAGGACGAUGUACUAUAAUGGCAGCGGUAUGGCCAAGUGGAUUGCAUUGACAAAUUUUAAGCCAAACCACGCUAGACGAGUGUUUCCGUGUUUCGAUGACCCUGGCCUACGUGCUAGCUUCGAUAUAAUCAUAGUCCGAAACAAGGAACUUAACACACUCAGCAACAUGCCUGUCCAGCGCACUGAAAGGAGGUCUAAUAACCUUGUGGCGGAUUAUUUUGCCCGAACACCUAAUAUCCCAACGUAUUUAAUUGCGUUCACCAUCAAUGACUUUCCAUCUUUUGGCAAGGGAACGAUGCGAAUGUGGACACGAGCAGCUGUGACACACCUGGCCCAGAAAAUGGCAAUAGAUAUCGUGCCGAAGAUGCUGGAGUACUAUGAAGACUACUUUGAAACUAAGUACCCCAUGCCGAAGCUGGAUAUCGUGGCCUUCGCAAAUUGUUCCAUAAAAAUCGCCGGCUAUUUUGGACUAAUCUUUAUGAGAGAACCGGCUUUUCUGCUUUUAAAUCCGCGAAAAACAAUGGCCAGGGACGCUGUGCAUCAUCUCUCGGUGCUCGCACACGCCAUCUCCGGACAGUGGUUUGGUAACCAUGUGACUUUGUCAUGGUGGAGCAGCAUCUGGCUGAGUUACGCUGUGGCAUCCGUCAACAAAUAUUCUGUGCUGAAGAGGAUAGACGAUUAUUGGAAUGCUGAUGGCUUGGACCUGGUGUACGAAGUUCACGAUGCCAUGUACAGAGACAGCCUCGAAUCUGCUUUAUCGAUGACACUGGAGCCAGACUCUCUGGGAGUAACAACACAGCCGUUCUUUAACGCUAAUCCAAAGAAGGGAGUCGCCCUGAUUAGAAUGCUGGAGGACUUUCUGGAUGGCGAAAAUUUUCGAAAAGGCUUAAACAUAUUUUUGCAAUACUACAAGUACGAGAGCGUCACGGAGGUUGCUGUUUGGAACGCAUUCGACAAGGUGAAGCAUAUUGCCGGCGAUGCUAUAAACACAACAGGCGUAAUGCACACAUGGACCCACCAGAAGGGCUACCCCGUUGUCACCGUGAAACGCUUCUACCGGACCGGAAGUGCCACCAUUUCUCAAAGCCGCUACUACCUCUGUGAACCUGAAAGUGAAAACAGUCCGCUGUGGUUUAUACCAAUUACAUUCACCACGGGUGCGAAGCCAGCCUAUGUGGACCAUGCACCCGUUACGUGGCUCACAACUGGGCAAGAAACUGUAAGGAUGAGUGUCCCUAACAAUACGUGGCUGUUGCUGAAUAUCAAGGCUAAAGGCUUUUAUCGCAUAAACUACGAUAAGAGGAAUUGGAUGAUGCUGAUAAGGCAGCUGAGGGAAGAUCACACGAAAAUUCAUCUUCUCAAUCGGGCGCAGAUUAUAAACGACCUCUUCGAUUUUGCACGAUCUGGAAGCGGACAGUUGAGUAUCGCACUGUCAGCCUGUCAGUACUUGUCUAACGAGAUGGAAUACGUGCCAUGGAAAGCUGCUCUUAACGCCUGGAGAUACAUCGAGUCUCUCUUAGCUGCCACGUCACUCAUGGAAAAAUGGCGGGCGUUUGUACUCCGCCUGAUUACUCCAGUUUAUACAGCGCUCAACUGGGAUGGAAGACCAACCGAAGACGUACAAACAGCGCUUUUACGCAGCGAGAUAUACAAGCUAGCCUGCAUGCACAACCAUACACCUUGUAUCGACCACGCUCGCACAGCGUUCAACGCCUGGAAGAACAGCUCUGGGCAGCACAACAUGAUAUCCCGGAAUCAUCGUGGUUUCGUCUACUGCAAAGCGAUCGAGCUAGGGGAUUAUUCUGAUUGGAAAUUCUUGUGGGACAGCUUUACGGGUGACACUCACGUGGGCAGCCUUGAGCGGACGGAACUUAUAUGGGCUUUGACUUGUUCAUCAAAUCAGAGGGUCACAAGGACUCUGCUGAAGAAGACACUGAAUGAAAAGAAACUGCGCGCUGAAGACUGCGUAAAGAUUUUCAGUCUCGUAGCACGGAGAGGUACAGCGGAGCGCAACGUCGUUCUGGAUUUCAUCAAACGAAACUGGCCAUCGAUGCUCAUCAUGUGGCAGCAGGAUUUCAUUCACAUUCUUCUGCGAGUAGCGGCGACGAUUGUAGACGAGAAAGAACUCGAUGAGGUUCGUUCAAUCUACUACAACUUCAAUGACACACUGGUGGAGGCUACUUGGGCAUUCCAGACCAUGAUGAAAACAGUGAAGACCAACAGACAGUGGAUGGCCGUUCAAUACAAGGAGCUCCAGACCUGGCUAAGGGUGCACGCGAAUUAGAACAAUAAAGAAGUGCUGCUGAUGUA